CUAGCAACGGAUCGUGUGAGUGGAAGAGUUUAGUACGGUUUUCAGGACGCAAGAAGCGUCCCAUCCAAACAGGCAAAUGGGGCUUUUUGACAAGCUUUCAGGGUGGCUGGGCCUGAAGAAGAAGGAAGUGAACGUGCUGUGUUUAGGUCUGGACAACAGUGGAAAAACUACCAUCAUCAACCAGCUAAAGCCAUCCAAUGCUCAUGCUCAAGACAUUGUACCAACUAUAGGUUUCAACAUAGAAAAGUUUAAGACCUCAAGUCUUUCUUUCACAGUGUUUGAUAUGUCAGGGCAGGGAAGAUACAGAAAUCUGUGGGAGCACUAUUACAAAGAGGGUCAGGCCAUCAUAUUUGUCAUUGACAGUGGGGAUAAACUAAGAAUGGUUGUGGCAAAAGAAGAAUUGGAUACCCUUUUGAAUCACCCUGAUAUUAAGCACAGAAGGAUACCUAUACUCUUUUUCGCUAACAAGAUGGACCUCAGGGAUGCAUUGUCGGCAGUAAAGGUCUCCCAGCUCUUGUGUCUGGAAAAUAUUAAGGACAAACCAUGGCAUAUCUGUGCAAGUGAUGCAGUGAAAGGAGAAGGUCUUCAGGAGGGUGUAGACUGGCUGCAAGAUCAAAUCAGAACGAUGAAAACGUAAAAACCUCCUGAAAUAUGAAAACAGCCAAGCUCACCAGCUGCAAUGGCAGAACCAGACACAACAGAGUUUCAACUUUGGGCACAAAAACGGUCUUUGUCAGUUAGCUUGGUAGUGUAAUAAACUGUUUGGCUUUGAUUAUGGCCCUGUUUGCUCUAGGUAUGAACAACUGUCUCAGUUGAUCUGAUCACAAGUUGUCAGUCCAGACUUUUUCUUUUUAAAUCUCACCACAAACAUUAUUCUGACAGUUGUUCUCUUUUAAAGCCACACAAAACCAGUGAAGUUUAACCUAUUAGCACAAUAAUUGAUUGACAGAUUCCCUGCUGCCCAGGCACAUUAGAAUUUAAACAAAAAUUUAAAUUUGGCCAUAUACAUUUCUGAGUACCUCCAAGUGAGUAAGAUCACAAAAUAUUUCACCACUUUUGAUCACCUGAGCUAUUAUUAUGCUAUAAUCAUGUGUAAAUAUGAAUGUGACAGUGCAUCUAAUAUUUGAUCAUUGCACCUUCUUUCUUGAUGAAUUACACUACACUUCUUGGCUGCCAAUGCUGUGAAGUAAUUCUGUUGAGAAACUCACUGUAACAGGUUUCUCAGACAGCUGGGGCACAGUGGCUAAUAUUUUAUAUCUUAGCUAUGUUUGUUUAUGAAUAGAAAACAUUCCCAAGCAGUGCUUAUUCCACUGCUAUGGAAUGAGAAAUUGGUCAAAGCUUGUUACUGUAGUGAUGUACAGUAUUGCUGUUUAGUCACUAUUUUGCUAUGAUGUACUUUUCAUGCAUUGUAUGCAUGUCGCCACUGAACAGUAUGAAAAUGAGAAAUGAUGACACCUCAAACCAUCACAAAGGAAACACUUCUCUUUGUUCUGGAGUUAUUUAUUUUCCAUAAACAUUUUGUGUGUGUGUGUGUGCGCGUGUUGUCUAGACAGAUUACAAUUUCACAUAAUAUUUGCAAAGCAAAAGUUUUUUUGUAUUAUUAGUAUUCAUUAAUAAGGGAUCUUGUAAUAGAAUGUUUAAAGAAUAAACUAACUCUGGGGCUU